AAUUUAAUGCUUUUUUUAAUAUUAUCAUUAUCAACAAUAUUAGCAAAAUCAAUUAAAGCUAACCAACUAGCUUAAAUAGAGAAUUAGACUAAUUUAAAACAUGGUGGUGAUCAUCAUCAUAAAUUUAAAAUAAAUGUACCUGGAACUGGGAUUGUCCAAUUAGAACCUUCAAUAGGGACUGUUAUUUUUGCAAUUGAAAUUUAAGAUGAAAAUGCAAGUGUAGCUUUAGAUAGAGCAAAUACUUUAGUAACAAAAGCAGUAGAUGACAUUAAAUAUAAUUUAUUUUAAGAAGACUAUACAAUAUAGACUGGAAUAUUUUAAUUAUCUUUGAGAUACGAUUAUACAACAGGAGUUUAACAAUUAAUUGGAUAUUCAGUUACUAAUUAAUUAUAUGUGACUACAAAAAAUCUUAAAUUGAUUGGUAAAAUUAUAACUGUAGGUGUUAAUGCAGGUUUAAAUAGAAUAGAUGGAGUUAAUUAUUCAAAUAAUUAAGAAGAAUUAGUUAAUGCUAAUGAUGAGGCUAUUAAAUUGGCAAUUUAAGAUGCUUAAAGAAAAGCUAAUAAAAUAGCUGAAUCAUUAAAUCUUAAAUUUGCAUAGAUUCUUCACUUCAAAUAUUUGGAUACUUAUAAUAAUCCAACUACAGAUGCAUAUUCACCAAAAGUAGCAUAAGGUAUGAGUACUAAAGAAUCAGGAAUUCCAACUCCUAUUUUUGCAGCUAAAAAUAAUGUUAGGGUGGAUAUUGAAUUGAAAGUAUUAUUAAAAUGAG